CCACAGCAGCCUCUGCUCGUUCCUGCCUCCCUGCCUGCGACACCUCAGCAGCGGUGUAGUCGCUUCCAGCGAACGUUGGCGGAAAGAAAACACUCCCCUCUUCCCGAAGGCCUUCUUCACGCCGCAGUCCUGCUUAAGUCCCACCGGAGGCGGAUUCAAGCACUUGCUUACUUCGACGUCGACUCGUUCCUCUCCUCCGUCUUUUUUUCGGGAAGCCUGACUAGAUAGCCGAUCAUCGUAAUGGCGACAGCUGCGGUGUCUGCCCCUGCUGGCUGCGGCCCUAGCCCCGGACCGGGAACGGAGCUGGUCCGCGGGCAGGCCUUUGACGUCGGGCCUCGGUACAGCAACCUCUCCUACAUCGGAGAGGGCGCUUACGGGAUGGUCUGCUCGGCGUAUGAUCGGGACAACAAAAUCCGUGUGGCCAUCAAAAAGAUCAGCCCCUUUGAACAUCAGACCUACUGCCAGAGAACCCUGAGAGAGAUCAAGAUCCUCCUGCGCUUCAAGCACGAGAACAUCAUUGGAAUUAACGACAUCAUCCGGGCACCAACCAUCGAUCAGAUGAAGGACGUAUAUAUCGUCCAGGAUCUCAUGGAGACAGACCUGUACAAGCUCCUGAAGACCCAGCACCUGAGCAACGACCACAUCUGCUACUUCCUGUACCAGAUCCUACGAGGGCUCAAAUACAUCCACUCUGCCAACGUUCUGCACCGUGACUUGAAGCCCUCAAACCUCCUUCUCAAUACAACCUGUGAUCUGAAGAUCUGUGACUUUGGUUUGGCCCGUGUAGCCGAUCCAGACCACGACCACACUGGCUUCCUAACAGAAUACGUGGCCACCCGUUGGUACCGAGCUCCAGAGAUCAUGCUCAACUCCAAGGGCUACACCAAGUCCAUAGACAUUUGGUCGGUGGGCUGCAUUCUUGCUGAGAUGCUGUCGAACAGGCCCAUCUUUCCCGGGAAGCACUACUUGGAUCAGCUCAACCACAUCCUGGGGAUCCUGGGUUCUCCAUCUCAGGAAGAUCUCAACUGCAUCAUCAACAUCAAGGCCAGGAACUAUCUUCUGUCCCUGCCUUUGCGCUGCAAAGUACCGUGGAACCGUCUCUUCCCUAAUGCUGACCCAAAAGCUCUGGACCUGCUGGACAAGAUGUUGACCUUUAACCCUCACAAGAGAAUUGAGGUGGAAGAGGCCCUGGCUCACCCCUACCUGGAGCAAUAUUACGACCCGACAGACGAGCCGGUUGCCGAGGCUCCGUUCAAGUUUGACAUGGAGUUGGACGACCUACCCAAAGAGACGCUGAAGGAGCUCAUCUUUGAAGAAACCGCACGUUUCCAGCCCGGCUUUAGAUCUUAACGUUUCUCUCAGAUGACUCUGUGGACAAGCUUCUGCAUCACCACUGCUCCUCCUCACCUCCUCGCUGUUUCUGUGAUUUCAUUUCUCCCGUUUUCGUUUGGCUUUGUUUUUAAUCCUCCUCUCCUGUUUUCCGUGUCUCCCGGAUUACUCGGGUCUCUCGUCACGUCCACUUUGCUCAGGAACGGCGUCAGGAAUCAAUCAGUCAUUCUGUCUCACUCGCUCGGUCUCUCGGGGGAGGAGCGGGAGUCGCAUCACAGCUGAUGGUUUGGGUAAAUUUGGGUUUUAAAGCCAAGAGAAACGAUUAUUUUCGUGUGCAUCUCAAACGCCUUGAGACCUUUUUAACGCCCGUCAGGUCUUUGUGGUGCCACUGCUUUGCACAAAAGUUGCAGGUUAUUUCUUGAGAUUCAUCCAUCUUUAAAUAAAGUAACGGUUAUUUUAAGUUUGCUAAGCUCUGCUACAAGGGUAGCAUUCACCUCCGUUGGUAGUUUUUCUCUCCUUAGGAAAAAUCUCAAAUUGAAUCGCCAGAUUUAUGCAAUUAAAUGACAGAAUGAGCCAGAUUUUUCUGGCCACUAGCCAUUACCUGUGGAUGGGGAUGUUUAUUUUAUCAGAUCUUGUAUUUUAAUCUUAAACAUGCAGAGAAUGCCCAAAUGCAAGAACAUGAUCUAGUUGGAGAUGAAUAUAAAGAAGUCUUAGGAUAUUUUAAUGUAGAGUUAGCUUUUCCUUUAGAAUAAAAACUCCUUUUUCAUUUCUUAUUGGCUUGUGGAAUCUGUACUUCCAGAUUUAAUGUAAACUUCUGCCUUUGCCGCAAGGAAAUAAAGAUUAUUUAUUACAUCUGUA